CCUCCCGGCGGCUCCUAUAGGAGGAGCCGGGACGGGGGGGGCGUGACCUAGCCGCUUUUAUCGCUGCCGCUGCUUAUUGUUAUUAUUACUGGUACUAGCACCCAGCGGCGCCGGGAGAUGGCCAGGUGCUGAGAGGGAGCUCUCCCUCCGCCCCGGACUCGGAGGCGAAGCGGGCAUCUUCUGAGAGAUGAAGAAGCCUCCUCUGGCCGCGGGGGGAGCAGCGCGAGGGGCUUUCCCCGGGCGAGCGUGACCUUUCGAAUUUGGGGGUGGUGGGGCAGUUUUUUUUAUUUUUGAGGGGGGCGGGAAGCGAGAACCUCACCCACCCCCCACCCCAAAUCCUGCCGCUUCAAGUCUUUCCUCAGAGGAACAGCGCAGCGAGGCGAGCUGUCUCUUCGCAGUGGGAUGUUCUCAACAUUGCGUUCAUGCUGGCAUCUUUGGCUUGGAUACACCAUCAAAGCAGUACCCAUCUUUACUACUAAUAACUAAACAAAGAAUGAGGAGAUUUGUCUACUGCAAGGUGGUUCUUGCCACUUCUCUGAUGUGGGUGCUUGUGGAUGUCUUUCUGCUUUUAUACUUCAGUGAAUGUAACAAAUGUGAUGACAAGAAAGAGAGAUCCCUGCUGCCUGCUUUAAGGGCUGUUAUGUCAAGAAGCCAAGAAGGACCUGGAGAGAUGGGAAAGGCAGUUGUCAUCCCCAAAGAUGAUCAGGAAAAAAUGAAAGAACUCUUUAAAAUCAACCAAUUUAAUCUUAUGGCCAGUGACAUGAUUGCAUUCAACAGAAGUUUGCCUGAUGUAAGACUAGAGGGAUGCAAGACAAAAGUCUACCCUGAUGAACUACCAAACACAAGUGUGGUCAUAGUAUUUCAUAAUGAAGCCUGGAGCACUCUGCUUCGUACUAUUUACAGUGUUAUAAAUCGGUCUCCACACUAUCUACUUUCUGAGAUUAUCUUGGUGGACGACGCCAGUGAAAGAGAUUUUCUGAAGGUCCCAUUAGAGAAUUAUGUGAAAAGUUUGCAAGUGCCAGUAAAAAUCAUUAGGAUGGAACAGCGAUCAGGACUCAUCCGAGCUCGGCUUAGAGGAGCAGCAGCUUCCAAGGGCCAAGUCAUAACGUUUCUGGAUGCACACUGUGAAUGCACUUUAGGCUGGCUGGAGCCCCUGCUGGCAAGAAUCAAGGAAGACAGAAAGAUUGUUGUUUGCCCAAUUAUUGAUGUGAUCAGCGAUGACACUUUUGAGUAUAUGGCUGGGUCAGACAUGACUUACGGAGGUUUUAACUGGAAACUUAAUUUUCGUUGGUAUCCUGUUCCCCAGAGAGAGAUGGACAGAAGAAAAGGAGACAGAACAUUGCCUGUGAGGACCCCUACUAUGGCUGGUGGCCUAUUUUCUAUUGACAGAAACUACUUUGAAGAGAUAGGAACUUACGAUGCAGGAAUGGAUAUCUGGGGUGGAGAGAAUCUUGAAAUGUCUUUUAGGAUCUGGCAGUGUGGAGGCUCACUGGAGAUUGUAACAUGUUCACAUGUUGGUCACAUCUUUCGAAAAGCUACGCCUUAUACAUUUCCUGGCGGUACCGGCCAUGUAAUUAACAAGAACAAUAGACGGCUUGCAGAGGUAUGGAUGGAUGAAUUUAAAGAUUUCUUCUAUAUAAUAUCCCCAGGAGUUGUCAAAGUGGAUUAUGGAGAUGUAUCAGUCAGAAAAGCAUUGAGAGAGAACUUAAAAUGCAAACCGUUUUCAUGGUACCUAGAAAAUGUCUAUCCAGACUCCCAGAUUCCACGACGAUAUUACUCCCUUGGAGAGAUCAGAAAUGUUGAGACGAACCAGUGCUUAGAUAACAUGGGACGCAAGGAAAAUGAAAAAGUUGGCAUAUUCAACUGCCACGGUAUGGGUGGAAACCAGGUAUUUUCAUACACGGCUGACAAGGAGAUUCGUACAGAUGAUUUGUGUUUGGAUGUGUCUAGACUCAAUGGUCCUGUGAUCAUGUUGAAGUGCCACCACAUGAGAGGAAACCAACUUUGGGAGUAUGAUGCUGAGCGACUUACCUUGAGGCACGUCAACAGCAACCAGUGUCUCGAUGAACCCUCUGAAGACGACAAAAUGGUUCCUACCAUGAAAGACUGCAGUGAAAGCCGAUCUCAGCAGUGGCUGCUCCGGAAUAUGACCUUGGGUGCCUAAAAGCCGCGAAAGACUCGCUGUGUUUCCUCGCCAGGCCUUGCAAGGCUCUAGAACUCUUGCACUUCACACAGUUUGAUCGAACAGAAGUCUUUUCCUCUUCCCAUGUUACCGGUGAAGUGAAAGGUUUUGAACGCUCGGUGAAAAGCCCAUCUGCUUUUUAAUUGCUUAAAGCAUGUUUGCACUUUUCCCUUCAGAAUUUUAUAUCUUUUAAUUUUUACUCAUUCAGCUAAACACGCAAGCGCUCUGCAUACCGUAAAACAUAUGCUAUGAUCAAGACGCGGUAUUCUUGAGGAAAAAUCAGACUCGCGGAAAGCAUUACAGAGCUGAACUCCAAGGUUUUGUGGGGAGUGGGCUUACUGUUGGUUCUGUCAUGUAACGUUGCUUGAAAGUGACCAUGUUAAAUGCCUUAUGAAACCCA